AUGGAGAAGUUGCAAAUGCCAUUCGACCGAAAAAGAGAAGUUAGCUAUAUGACCUGUCAGAUUCUAAUAGUCAAUCUGGAACAACGCCGCCAAAUCCGACCACUGGGUAGUUCCGGCAUGAAAAAACACCCCAACCUAUUUUUUAUGACCAACCCAGAAACCGAUUUCGCGGAUACUGAUUCGGAUUAUCCAGAUCCAGCGAGAUAUUAG